AAUGAAAGCUGUACAAGUGGUAGAGCUCUCUAAUUGUGUUCACCAAUCAAGACCAUACUCAACAGUGUCUGUGUUUUAUCGUCUUCUUCCUUCCCCCAAAUGUUCACCACAUAAACCCUAGCGAUCGAUUUCCACAAAAAUCCAUCAUCAUCCUUCAAUUCGAUCAUGGCGACCUUACUUGAAUUAACUCCGCUUCAAUGGAAUCAGCCUCUUCCAUCAUACAUGCGAAAGCCUCGUAAUCGCAGAGGUGUUCUUCUCUACUCCAAACCUCAACGGAGAUCAAACUCGAUUCGUUUCCAAAUCUCCGUCAAAUACAAACAGUCGACGAGUUCGGACUCAGACUCGAGAUCCAAUUCGAAUCCGUUUGAACAAAUCGUGGGUCAGGUCAAGAAAGCGUUAGAUUCGUUGAAGAAACCAGCUAUAGCUGCGGUUUUGCUUGGGUUGCUUUUGUUCUAUGAUCCUAAUACGGCUUUAGCUGCGUCUGGUGGUAGAAUUGGUGGUAACUCUUUCUCCUCGAGGUCUCGGAGCUCUUCUUCGCAAUCGUAUUCUGUGCCGAGAACAUCGAAUCCGAGCUUUUCGUAUUCCGCUCGGACCGCUCCGUACUAUGGUCCGUCACCGUUCGGUGGGGGUUUUAUGGGUCCGGCGGUUGGUUUUGGGUUUGGUGGGUUUUCGAGCUUUUCUUUGAUUCUGGUUGGUUUCGCUGCGUUUGUUUUGGUCUCUGGGUUCCUCUCAGAUCGGUCACAGGGUGAUAGCAUUUUAACCGAUACUCAGAAAACUAGCGUCAUUAAGCUACAGGUGGGGUUGUUGGGUUUGGGGAGGACACUACAACAAGAUUUUAAUCGUCUUGCUGAAAGUGCAGAUACAUCCACGCCACAGGGUCUGAGCUAUGUUUUAACCGAGGCAACACUGGCGUUGCUGAGGCACCCUGACUACUGCAUCUCCUGUUAUUCAUCAGUGGAUGUGAAGCCGAGUAUAGAAAAGGGAGAAAAGCGAUUUAAUCAACUCUCAAUUGAAGAACGGGGAAAAUUUGAUGAAGAGACACUUGUAAACGUGAAUAGCAUAAAGAGACAAAGCUCAAAGAUUCGGAAAGCUAGCGGUUUCAGCAAUGAAUAUAUUGUGGUAACCAUCUUGGUGGCUGCAGAGGGUAUACAUAAACUGCCGCCAAUAAAUGGAACUAUAGAUCUGAAGGAAGCCUUACAGAAACUCGGGUCGAUACCAAGAAGCAAAAUGAUGGCAGUAGAAGUACUGUGGACACCGCAGAACGAGGCUGACGCUUUGUCAGAAAGGGAACUACUUGAAGAUUACCCACUUUUGAGGCCUUUGUAAAAUUUUCUCGUAAAACCAAAUAGAACCAAUCUCUGGUUAGUUGUUACUCUGUAAAGUGUAAACACACCAUCUAUGACCGGUUACAAAAACCGGCAAUGAAGGCAAUUAAGAAUAUAAGCGACAGAGUUCAUAAUCUCUCUCGGCUUUUGUAAAGUCAAAUCUAAACAUCUUAAAUAAAGACUCUAUAAUCUACCUAA